AUGGGGUCCCCAACAUCCCUGUGGACUAAAACUAGUUCCUUGGCAAAACUGGUUUUCAGCCAGUCUACUAUUGAACCUGUUUUUAACAACACUACUUUAAAGCUUGUACUCAACCAUACUUUCCUUGAGUCAAUUUCCAACCACACUAACCAAGAGUUUAACCACAAUAACCAAGAGCAUAUCCACACUAACGUGGAGCAUAACCAGACUAACCAGGAGUAUAACCACGCUAACCAAGAGUUUAACUACACUAACGAAGAGUUUAACCAUGCUAACCUAGAACUUGACCAAGCUAACCCAGAACCGGUUUCAAAUUACACUUACCUGGACCUGGUUUCAAAUUAUACUGACCGAGAACCUUUGCCCCAUCAUGCAAACUUCGGUGUGUUCUUCUACAUGUGUAUCCUGAUGCUUGUUUCCAAUAUGGCGAACAGUACACUCCGCAGUUACCGGAAAUCCCUUCCGUUCCUUAGGAUAAACCAGAUUCUUCUCCUCAAUGGAUAUCUUGUUGAGGUCUUCAACAUAUUCGUCAAUCACUUGUGUUUUCUGACAAUGUGGAGCUCCUCUGUUAACUACCUGCCCUAUUCAAUUGGAGUCAUCUCCUCAGCUCUUAUCUACUAUCUUAUGAACGCAUCCAUCCUCAUCUCUAUGGCCAUCUCCCUCGUUAGAGCCCUGAUGGUGAUGAAGUCUUUUAGUUAG